AUGGAACCGCGGGUUGCGCCUACCCCAACACCAUCACCAUCACCAUCACCGACAUCAAAGACCACUACCCUACUGGGGAAGUAUCAAUUGGGGCAGUUACUGGGACGAGGCAGCUUCGCCAAGGUGUACCAAGCACGGUCAGUAGUGGACGACACAGUUGUGGCUGUGAAGAUCAUCGACAAGUCCAAAACCGACAACGCCGCCAUGGAACCACGGAUAAUCCGAGAGAUCAUGGCCAUGCGUCGCCUCCAAGAUCGCCCCAACAUCCUCAAAAUCCUCGAGGUCAUGGCCACCAAGACCAAGAUCUAUCUCAUCGUGGAGCUUGCCACGGGCGGUGAGCUGUUCUCCAAGAUCUCGCACCGCGACAAGCUGCCUGAGCCGUCCGCGCGACGAUACUUCCAGCAAUUGGUAUCGGCGCUGCAUUUCUGCCACCAAAAUGGAGUCGCCCACUGCGACGUGAAGCCUCAAAACCUCCUAGUUCAGUUUGACGAUGUUGUCUCAUCUUCGUGGGGGUCAGUUUGA